AUGGCUGAGGUUCAGGUUCAGGCCCAGGCUCAGGGGGAUGCAUCCCUCGGGUCACGUAUCCUCGUGCCCGACGGCGUGAGUGAGGCCAAAGCAUAUGCCCGCGGCAUGUUGAAGCGUUUGACGUUGGAAGAAAAAGUCCUUCUACUCACCGGAGCGGACUCGUGGCGCACUAAUGCCAUUCCACGCCUGGGUAUUUCCAAAAUGAAAACGUCGGACGGCCCAGUGGGUGUGCGAGGAGGAUUGUUCGCGGACGGCGUCAAAGAUGCUUCUUUACCGACAGGCGUAGCACUGGCCGCCACGUGGGAUCAUUCGGUCAUCCGAAAAGUUAGCCAGGUGUUGGUAGCCGAAGCGAAAAGCAAAGUCGACGUCCUCCUCGGGCCAACUGGGUGGUUGCAAGUGUGUCUUCCCACGACUCCUCUCGGGGGGCGCAAUUUUAAAGCAUACAGUGAAGACCCCUUCUUGACCGGAAAACUCGCCGCUACUUAUAUCAACACGAUUCAAGCCGCAGGCAUUGGAGCCUGUAUCAAACAUUUUGCAGCUAACGACCAAGAAACGCGACAAUUUUUCAUCGACGAGUAUAUCCCAGAUCGAGCAUUACGAGAGAUUCACCUCCAGCCAUCCCAGAUCGCUAUUCGAGAUAGUAACCCCUGGACCUUGAUGACUGCUUACAACAAGAUCAACGGUACCUUUUGCUCCGCCCACGCUCAGCUGCUGCAGGCUAUCCUUCGCGGAGAAUGGGGAUGGGAUGGAACUGUUAUGAGCGACUGGUUCGGUACCAACACGAUAGUCCCGUCCGUGAAGGCAGGGACUGGGAAGAGUGCCAUUCCCGAUUGGAAGGAGGGCACUGAGCGAGCAGAAGAUCUACCAGAGCAUAGGGAGGUGUUGCGCCACUGUGGCGCCGAAGCAAUGGUCCUCUUGAAGAACAAAGAAGCUCUCCUGCCGCUGAAAGAUCUCUCCGACAAGUCCGUUGCAUUCAUCGGUCCAAAUGCCAUACGCUCCGUUGCGACCGGCGGAGGCAGCUCAAACCUGGAACCGCACUACAGGACUACACCAGUUGAGUCAUUCCGAAUCGAGGCCGCCAAGUUGCACCCAGGAGUCAAAGUCGUCGCAGCGCCAGAGAUUCUCGCACACAGAUAUUUGCCACUUAUCGAUCCCUCGGUCAUGAAGAACCCAGAGACGGGUACAUCUGGUUUCACAAUUUCGUUCUGGAACAACACUUCACACGAAGGUGAAACGCUCCUCACAGAAAGUAGGCCGAGCUCUUACUUGAUCUGCUACGACGGCUUGCCUCCGGAGCUCACAACGGGCGAACGCUACUCUUAUCGAGCCAAAACUAUCGUGACGCCGAAGACCAGUGGCAUCCACCAGUUCUCCUUGUCAUCGUGCGGGCCAGGAAAGCUUCUUAUCAAUGGGCAAACUCUCAUCGACAUUCAACGCCGUUGGUGGUCGCCCAAGUCGUCACUCUUCAUGAGUUAUGGAUCCCCUGAAGAGCGGGAUGAGUUCUACAUGGAAGCUGGCAUUUCCUACGAGUUGGUCUUGGAGUCCAUCAGUCGUGAAACGAAACCAUACCAGAUCACUUACACAGGCGAAUUGGAAAGAGAAGAGGUCCAGGACGGCGGCCGAAUAGGCUUCCUGGAACAGCCCCCAGACGACCAAACUCUAUUGCACGAAGCGACUGAGCUGGCGCAGGCCAGUGAUUUUGUUGUUAUUGUCGUCGGGCGAGACGCAGACUGGGAAACGGAGACAAGUGAUAUGGAAACACUCCAAUUACCGCGGGAUUCCGAUACCCUCAUCGCCGCUGUUGUCGCCACAAAUCCAAACACAGUCGUUGUCAACCAAACGAGCUCUCCAAUUACUAUGCCUUGGAUCAACGAAGUACCGGCGAUUGUUCAGGCGUGGUAUUUAGGUCAAGAACAGGGUAAUUGCCUUGCAGAUGUUCUACUCGGAAAUUUGAACCCGUGCGAGAAACUGCCCAUCACCUUUCCCCGUCGGAUCGAGGACAACCCCUCGUACGAUAAAUUCCCCGGCGGUAAUGACCGCGUACAAUACGGCGAGGGGAUUUUUGCCGGGUACCGAUACUACGAUCACAGGAAGAUUGAACCACUGUUCCCCUUCGGUGCCGGCCUGUCCUAUACGGCCUACGAGUAUUCCAACAUCCGCUUAAGCUCGUCCGUGUUGGCAUGUGGGGACGACGAGGGACCAAACGAGCUUAUGUCUUGGUCGAUGUCACUAAUAUCGGGGAUCAGGCGGGAAAGGAGAUCGUACAAUUCUACGUGA